UUCAUUCAAAAUUCUGCCAUUGUGUUCUCCCUCUGGAAUUCCGAACGGAAAGUGUCGAGCCAAAAAAUCGUGAAAAAAACUUACGAUGGGAAGGAUUCGUCGUAAAGCGAGUGUUACAAACCAAGAAGACAAUUCUUCGUCUUGCAGCACUCCUCCUUCUUCUAAGGACAAGAAAAAUCGUUUUCCUACGUUCGUUGAUGAAGAUAAACAAAAAAUUGUUCUCAGGAAGGACUUUGACCGAAAUGUUGAAAUGACCUUAAAGGAUAUGCUCGAAAACAAACAACGGAUGAUUGAGAGUUUAACUCUUCCAUUUAUUAGUGCAAUUUUGAAGAUCCCAUUAAACGUUAAGAAAAUGAAAUGGGGUGAAUAUUUGAAAUUAAGAAAAAAUCAAAGUCAAGAAACUCCCAACACUUUACCAGAUAAAGCAAUUGAAACUAAUCACGAUGCUCACAACUUUGCACUUUCAACUGGAUCAUCCAAAAUGGAAACUCCUGCAAUACGAAGCUCAUCAAGACUGGCAAACAAUAAGAUUCCCAUCUUCACACCCAAAUUUGACCCAGCAACUGGUGAUAUAAUUAAUACAAGACUUCAAAUCCCAGGAGAGAGAUUGUAUUCCGAAAAGGGCAGCCCAGUUGAAAGCAAUCCAUCAAAAUUAUCUGCACGAAAAUUGACUGCAGUAGGAGAUGAGGAAUCGGUCGUUGCAUUUUUUGAAAACAACCCAGAAACAUUAAAUACCUAUAAAGCUUUCGAAAAAACAUACAAAAAUCACAGGUCGCGCAAAGAAUAAAUAAUAGAUUUCUGUGUUCUUUUUCUCGCUCUUCGCGUUGUAUUUCCGUUUUGAUCACACAGAAUAUUCUUGUGUCUUUCUAUCUGUAAACCACUCGUGUUUAAUCACACAUAAUACAAUUUUGAAAUUUCA